GACACGCACAGCCAGCCUUGGGGUUCCACUAUGGAAACAACCUGCAAAUCCAGCUCCAAACACAAAACGUGGCCCAGACACCUGUGACACACUCUUGGCCUGGUCCCUAGAGCAUCUAUGAUGAACCAGGAGACCAGGGCCAGCUCCUCAUGGACCCCCUUAGCAUCCAGCUGGGCAGCAACAACCUGUGGAGCUGGCUCGUGAGCCUGCUCUGCACACACCUAGAAUGGCUGAAUGCCAAGGUGAAGUUCUUCCUCCCCAACAUGGACCUGGGCUCCAGGAACGAGGCCACAGACCCCACAGAGAGGGUGAACCUACAACUCAAGAAGCUAUACACCCAAGGUCAAGCCACCUGGCAGGGAUUCAUCAACUGUGUGUGCAUGGAGCUGAGCGUGCCCCUGGAUAUGGAGGUGCUGCUGCUGAGCAUGUGGGGACAUGGAGAAGGGUUCCCCAGCCAGGUGGAAGCUGGUGAAGAAAGCCAGCCUGAAGCUAAGCUUAACCAAGGUCUCAAGCGACCUCAUCAAAACUGUGGAUCCUCACCCCGCCGCAAACAGUGCAAGCAGCAUCAACGAGAGCUGGCCAAAAGGUACCUGCAGCUGCUGAGAACUUCGGCCCUUCAGCGCUAUGGCAGUGGGUUCCCUGGCCCAGGGCCACCCCCCUCCCUCCACCAGCCCUAUAUACCCCCAAUCUUGCAGUGGAACCGGGCCACUGCGCCCUUCAACACUCAGGAGGGGGCCAUUAUGGGGGACCUCAAGGCAGAAGAUGACACUGAUGCUUAUCUCCGGGACCUCUUCAACACCAGGGCUAACAAGGGCCCGAGGGUGAUGGUGCUCCUGGGGAAGACGGGCAUGGGCAAGACCACCCUGGCCCACCGGCUCUGCCAGAAGUGGGCUUGCGGCCAGCUGGACCGCUUCCAGGCUCUGUUUCUGUUUGAAUUCCGCCAACUCAAGUGGAUCACAAGUUUGCUGACACUGCCACAGUUGCUUUUUGACCUGUACCUGAGCCCCGAGGGAGACCCGGACGCUGUCCUCGGGUACCUGACGGAGAAUGCGGAUGGAGUCCUGCUGAUCUUUGACGGGCUGGAUGAAGCCCUCCACCCAAGUGCCAGCAGGAAGACUGCAGGCCCUGAGGCCCCAGACUCAGCCCUCACCCUCUUCUCUGAUCUCUGCCACGGGACUGUCCUGCCUGGCUGCUGGGUAAUGGCCACUUCCCGUCCAGGGAAGCUGCCCGCCUUCCUGCCCACAGAGGCAGCCAUGGUCCACAUGUGGGGCUUUGAUCGGCUGCGGAUGGAGGAGUACGUGAGCCACUUCUUCAGUGAGCAGCCCCUGCAGGAGGCGGCCCUGGCAGAAUUGCAGGCAAAUGGACGCCUCCGGAGCAUGUGUGCUGUGCCUGCCCUCUGCCGCGUAGCCUGUCUAUGCCUCCACCACCUGCUCCAGGGCCACUCCCCAAGCCAGUCUGUGGCCCUCCUGCCCACCCUGACUCAGAACUACCUACAGAUGGUGCUCACCCACAGCCCCCAUGGGCCCCUGUCUCCUGAGUCCGCGCUCGGCCUUGGCGAGGUGGCCCUGAGGGGCCUGGAAACUGGGAAGGUCAUCUUCUCUGCAGGAGACAUCCUGCCACCCAUGCUGGCCAUUGGAGUGGCCCAUGAGCUGCUGACCUCCUUCUGCAUCCACACAGGUCCUGGGCACCAGGAGACAGGGUAUGCCUUCACCCACCUUAGCCUGCAGGAGUUUUUUGCAGCCCUCUACCUGAUGGCUAACCGCAAUGUGGACAAAGACAGCGUUGCCAGCCACAUCACCCUCAAUUCCCGUUGGGUGCUGCGGACUAAUGCUAGACUGGGUCUCUCAGAACAUCUCCCCACCUUCCUGGCAGGUCUGGCCUCCCAUGCCUGCCGUCCCUUCCUUAACCAGCUGGCACAGUGGGAUCAGGUGUUGGGUGCAAAGCAGGCUGCUGUUGUGCAGGCAUUGAAGAAGCUGGCCCACCGCAAGCUCACAGGACCAAAGGUUGUGGAGCUGUGUCACUGUGUGGGUGAGACCCAGGAAUCUGAACUGGCUGGCCUCGUGGCCCAAAACCUCCCCUGUCGACUGCCCUUCCACAAUUUCCCACUGACCUAUGGUGACCUGGCUGCUGUGACCAACAUACUGGGCCACAGGAAGGCCCCUAUCCAUCUGGAUUUUGAGGGCUGCCCUCUGGAACCCUGCUGUCCUGAGGCUCUGGCAGGCUGUGGGCAGGUAGAGCAUCUCAGUUUUAAGAGCAGAAAGUGUGGGGAUGCCUUCGCAGAAGCCCUCUCCAAGACUUUGCCAACAAUGGAGAACCUGAAGAAGCUGGGAUUAGCAGGAACUAACAUCACUGGCCGAGGGAUCAGCCACCUGCUGCGGGCUUUGCCCCUCUGUCCACAGCUGGAAAAGGUCAGCUUACAGGACAACCAGCUCAAGGACCAGAAUGUGCUGGACAUCGUGGAGGUGCUACCUGGCCUGGCAAAAGUCCGGGAGCUUGACUUGAGCCGCAACUACAUUUCCACGUCGACACUACUCCGCUUGACAAAGCUGGCAGUCACGUGCCCUACUGUCAGGAUGCUGAAGGUCAGGCAGGAGGAUGUCAUCUUCACUCUCUCUCCAGUGCCAGCAGCAGAUCUGCAAGGAGUCCCAGACCUGCAGGGAAGUGCCAGCCAGAGGAAAGAGACUCAGAACAGAAGCCUGACCCUCAGUCUCCAGAAGUGUCAUCUCACACUCCAUGAUAUGAAAGUGCUGAUAGCGCAGCUCCGGGAAUGCCCUCACCUGAAGGAAGUGGACCUCUCAGAGAACAAGCUGGAAGAUAAAGGCUGUCAACUGAUGGCAGAGGCUGUGGCCCAGCUACGCGUCACCAGGAAGCUGAAGCUGGACCUCAGUGACAGUGGGCUCUCUGUGGCCGGGGUGCCCGGUGUGCUGAGUGCAGUGAGCACGUGCCGGGCCCUGGAGGAACUGCACAUCAGCCUAAUGCACAAAAUUGCGGUCUUCACGUUUGCCCCAGAGCCGGAGGAGCAGGAGGGGACCCAGAAGAGAGCUACAAGUGCUGACAGCUUCAUGCCCCGCGUGCCCUCUGAGCUGCCCCUGCUGCCCCUGCGCGCCCAAAGGAUCAGGCUGACUCACUGUGGUUUGCAAGCCACACACCUAGUGCAGCUCUGCAAAGCGCUGCAAGGAAGCUGCCGCCUGGGGGAACUCAGUGACCUAGACUUAUCAGGCAACCACCUGGGGGACGAAGGUGCGGCCCAGGUGGCCCAACUGCUCCCAAGACUGGGCACUCUGCGGUCCCUGAAUCUCAGUGAGAACAGCAUGUCCCUGGAUGCCGUGUGCAGUCUGACCCAGUGCUUCUCUGCUCUGCCGUGGGUGCUCCUCUUGGACAUCAGCUUCAAGAGCCAACAUGUCGUCCUGAGAGGUGACAGAAGUGACAGGGAUCUGCCUGCUGAUGGGUCUUUGCCCAAGUUCCCAGCUGGAGCGCAGUUCUUUUGGGACGAUCAACGCUGCAUACCCAAGAGCUUCUGCCUCCGGGAAUGUCAGCUGGAGCCCCUGAGCCUCAGCCACCUCUGUGAGACCCUGGAGAAGUGCCCGGGGCCUCUGGAAGUCAAAUUAUCCUGCGAGGACCUGAGUGAGCAGAGCCUGGAGACCCUGCUGCAUCACAUGCCCCGGCUCCCCCAGCUAAGCCUGCUGCAGCUGAGCCCCACAGGCCUGUCCCCGAAGAGCCCCCUCCUGCUGGCCAACCUCUUUAGCCACUGCCCGCGACUGCGGAAGGUGGAUCUCAGAUCCCUGAAGCACAUGACCCUGCACUUCAGGUCCAGCGAGGAGCAGGAAGGCGGGUGCUAUGGCAGGUUCACAGACUGCAGCCUCAGCCCGGAGCAUAUGGAGUCGCUGUGCUGGCUGCUGAGCAAGUGUGAGGACCUCAGCCAGCUGGACCUCUCAGCAAACCUGCUGGGUGAUGGCGGGCUCAGGAGCCUCCUGAAAUGUCUGCCCCAGCUGCCUGUCUCCAGCUCGCUUGAUCUGAGUCAUAACAACAUCUCUCAGGAAGGUGCCCUGUACCUGGUGGAGACGCUGCCCUCCUGCCCACGUGUCCGGGAGGCAUCGGUGAACCUGGGCCCUGAGCAGAGCUUCCAGAUUCACUUCUCCCUACAGGAGGAGGCUGGGAAGACACUAAGGCUGAGCAACUGUAAGUUUGGGCCAGAACAUGUGUCCAGACUGGCCACCGGCUUGAGCCAGACCCACCAGACCCAGCAGCUGACAGAGCUCACGCUGAUGUGCUGUGGCCUGGACCUGGAGCAGCUGACCAUCCUCCUGAGCCUGCUGAGGAGGCCAGCAGGACUCCUCCAUCUCUGGGUGGAGGAGCCGUGGAUGGAAAAUGCCAGUGUGCUUGACCUGCUGAAAGUGUGUGCCCAGGCCUCAGGCAACAUCACUGAAAUAAGCAUCUCCAUGACCCAGAUCCACGUCCAGCUGGAAUUUCCCCAACAGGAGAACCCAGAGGCCAUGACUCUCAGGUUGGCUCACUGUGACCUCGGGACCAACCAUAAACUUCUGAUCAGGCAGCUGAUGGGUACAUGUGCCAGGCUGCGGCAGCUCAGCUUGUCCCAGGUGCGCCUGUGCGAAGCCAGCUCCCUGCUGCUGCAGAGCCUGCUGCCCGCCCUGUGUGAACUGAAGAAGUUCCGGCUGACCUCCAGCAGUGUGAGUGCCAAGGGCCUGGCCUACCUGGCCUACCUGGCAUCUGGUCUGAGGCACUGCCACCACCUGGAAGAGCUGAACUUGUCUGUCAAUCAACUUGGCGAGGAAGGCACUAUGGUGCUGAUGGGAGCCCUUGAGAGCAAGUGCGGGCUGAAGAGGCUUGACCUCAGCCAUUUCCUGCUCAACGACUCCAUGCUGGCUGCGCUUACCCAAGGACUGAGCCCCAUGACCCACCUGCAGAGCCUCCGGCUGAGCCAAAACAGCAUAGGCGACAUGGGCUGCUGCCGCCUGUCAGAGUCUCUCAGAGCUGCCGCCGCCAGCUUGGAGGAACUGGACUUGAGCCACAACCAGAUUGGAGACGUCGGUGUCCAGCACUUAGCUGCCAUCCUGCCAGAGCUGCCGGAGUUCAGGAAGAUAGACCUGUCAGCAAAUGGCAUCAGCCCAAAUGGGGGAGUGCGGUUAGUGGAGUCUCUCAUCCUUUGCGGGCACCUGGAGGAGAUGAGGCUUGGCCGCAAUGCCCUGAGGAACCCCACAGUCCUGAAGCUGGCUCAGGCGCUGCCCCCACAUCUGAGGGUCCUGCACCUGCAGUCUAGCCAUCUGGACGCAGAGGGGGCAUUGCAGCUGAGCCAGGCCCUGGACGGCUGCCCGCACGUGGAGGCAAUCAGCUUAGCACAGAACAGUUUGGCUGGAGGGGUUUCCCCUUUCUAUAAGGGACUCGCACUGCUCAGGCAGAUAGACCUGGUUUAUUGCGAGUUGGACGACCAGACUGCUAAGCCCCUCAUUGCCAGCCUCGUGCUCUGCCCAGCUCUGGAAGAAAUCUUGCUGUCCUGGAAUCUGCUUGGUGAUGAGGCCGCAGCUGAGCUGGCUCGGGUCCUGCCGAAGUUGGGCCAGUUGAAGAAAGUGGACCUGGAGAAGAACCGAAUCACAGCACGUGGAGCCUGGCCCCUGGCUGUAGGGCUGGCACAGGGGUCUGGCAUCCAAGUCAUCCGGCUCUGGGGAAACUCUAUCGCCCCUGAGAUGCAGCAGCAUCUGCAGAGCCAGGAGCCCCGGCUGGUCUUUAUUUGAUGGCCCCCAAGACCCAUCUGAUCCAGCCAAGUGAUGCCAACUUCCACCCACUGCGAUAGAGAGCCCCGCAAGAGAGCCUCAACUGGGUGCCCUGCACACUGUCCCAGGAGGCUGGGGCAUGUUUAUCCCACUACAAUCCUCAGGGAACACUUUUGAAGAGACUUGGAGCCUAGUAUGGCCGAAAGACUACUCUGCAUCAUAUGUGACAUACAUGACCACUUGGGGACAUGCAUCACAGUGUGGGUGUCAUGAUGUGACAUGGACAUGAAGGUCAUCUACAGCAGAGUUCCAUGAAACAGGAGAUGGAACUUACAGUGUGACUGUGGUCAGUGACAUGGAUGUUACAGUGACAGUGGCAUGGUACCAUACACAGUGAGACACAUGAUGCAUGGUCCAUGUGUGACACACAAUGUGUCCAUGUCAAGUGACAGGGAUAGGUCAAAUGCACUCAGGCUGGUCCUCCAUCUAAUUUAUUACUUUUUAUUUUUAGCCAAGCAUGUAUUUAUAGUUUACAUUUCCAGAGCAACCAAGUCAGGGAAUGUCUCCCGCCCAACCCUGGGGAAGGGAGGAGCGUGUCCAGAUACUGAAGCCCCCAAAGGCAGGGCUCUGGGCCAAGAAACCUUGACCAGAAGACUUCUGCAUGGGCCCCCUCCUGCCUCAAGCUGCAGUUUUCUUGUAUACUGUAUAACCCUCCCCUUGAAUGCUGUCUUCCAAGAAUUUUGGACCGAGGUCCAGAGAGAGCCAGCCUGACCUUGGGAAUGGACAGACCCGGUCUGACCUGUGUAAGGGACAAAGUCAGGUUUAAGGGUGCAGGGGUGAGCACUGCCAAGUUAACUAAGCAAGAACACAGGGUUCAGCCACCAGUUUAGCAGGAUCCACAAGACCUCCCAGGAGCCACAUGUAUUACAGUGUUCUCGUUACUUCCAAGAGGCCCAAUGGUGGGCUCUCCAACCCAAGUUUGAUCAA